AUGUCUGAUGAGAACGAGUAUCUGAAAGAAGAGUUUGAUUACCACAAACUGACAAUUCCACUUUUGCGGGGAAUUCUGAACAAGCACGAUGUUCAAAUUCCGCCGCACACAACCCGCAAAGCCGACUACGUGAAGCUGUACGAGACAGCCAUUGUGCCAAACCUCAAAUCUCUUCGCAAGCAGUACCUGCACCCCAAUCCCUCGAGCGAAAAUAUUCAUGAUGCAUCCCCGCGAGGUCGCUCUGCGUCACCUAUUCGCCGUUCUACGCGAUUAAGGUCGCAAUCGCCAGAAAAGCGAGUUGCGUCUGCGGGCUCUGCACGCUCCAAGCGUUCGCUGGCCCCUCCUGAAGAGAACGCUUCAGUGCCCGAGUCGCCACGUCGGCGCAAGAUCAACAAGAAGGUGUCGCUACCUGACGAUCUGCAGGAACUGGCUCCCAAUGUCGACGAGAUCCGGGUGCGUGGCCCGCGUACCCGUUCCAAGUCCCCGAUUAGGAUGACCGAAGCCGAUCUAGCAGCUGGCCUCAAAGAAACUACUCGGUCGCCACGAAAGCGUCGGGCACCAGCCGAAGCUGCAGCGGAUCCAGCUACUCGGGGUCGUACACCGCGCCGUGAGACCACCCAGAGCAAUGCGACAACGCCCACCAAAAAGUCCACCGCGAGUUCAGCACACAAGAGCAGUCCAUUCACCCAAGAGAAUGUGUUCCAAUCCUCUCGCAAACGCACCAGUGAUCAUCUCGGUCACAAGGAAGAUCGUCCCCAUAAAGUGGCUGCUCGAUCCUCCGCGACUGCCCCUGAAGCAGAAAUCAAGUCAGACGAGGAAGUAGACGUUAUGGCCCAAUUCACGAAUUUCUCAGAAAGCGAGCUGAUUCCGGUGGAAGAGGCCACUGAAGAAAUUAAAAUGGAGGUCGACGAGAAGCCCCGCGUGGUUUCUGAGCGUCGCGGCUUUAUGCCCAGUCUCCAGGCGUUGAACGUUUCGAACAUUUUUGCUCAAAGACUUGCGCCAGAUCCUAUGAGUACGCCCGAGCUUUCUUCCGCUUUACCUACAGACACUGAAAAUGACGCGGAUAUUGAAGUUGAUGCCACCCCCGCAGCUCCUGAGCCGGAGACUCCGGUUGAGAUCAAAGAAGAGCAAAGUAUUGCCGAACAGUCCAUCGAAGAAUUCGCUAGUUCUCGACCCCACGUGUCCCAACACUUUUUCUCAGCUAUUAACACUGCGCUGGUUGCCUUCACCGCGCUGGUAGCUGCCACUAUGUUAGUUUGGUGGCCCGCCGAAAGGUCAAAGCUAGGGUUCUGCGAUACCACGCUCGUCCCGCCGACCCGUGAUUAUCCUUGGUUUGCUUCUUUCUCUUUGAGCGAUCCUUACCUCCAGCAAGUCCAGGAAUAUGUUCGACAUGGAGUCGACUACGUUGCCCCGUCCUGUUACCCGUGCCCUGAGCACGCUACGUGCUUUGCCAACACCGAAAUCAAGUGUGAUGAGGGCUACAUUGAGCGCCGCGAUUUGUUCGCCCUGCUAGGUUUUUAUGGACCUUGGUGCGAGCGAGAUGUCGAGACUGAAAGGUUAUUGGCAACUUUAGCCGAGCGUGCAGUACACGUAUUGCGUAACCGGCGUGCCAGGUAUGAGUGCGAUGGUGAUAUUCCAUCACCCGAAAUGACUGAGGACGAGCUAUACUACGAGUUGUUGGCCCUCAAAGCGCCCCAACUCUCGGAAGAGGACUUCCGAGCACUUUGGGAUUCGGUGUCCGCGGGACUUAAUCAGUACCCCGACGUUGAAAUGGUAAGUCUUCAAAAAUUUGAACCCAGGAACAAACUAACCCAGGUAUUCCCCCAUAACUGUCCCCCCGCGGAAACAGCCCAGUACCACGACGACGAAGAUGACAAUGGAUACAGAGGUGAAACCGAAUGUGUCGAAUCGUCGCCGAUAUUUGUAUCACACUCUUUAGCCCACGUGAACAUUCUUUGCCGGUUCAGACUCAGCAUGUUUGUGUGGCUUGAGGAACGCAAAUUCACGAUUCUGUACGUUCUUUCGUUGUUUGUCUUUCUGAGCGUGGUUGGCAGCUUCUUGGCUUUCCGUCAGCGUCACAAUCGCCAGGUAGCCAAGAGCGUCCACGCAGCCAUUGCUCUGAUGCGGGCCCAGCAGCACAAAGCGGAUGAUGACCGUACCGGCAGAACUGACCGUUUCUAUGUUGCUGGACCCUUAUUCGAACAUGUGCCCAAGAGCCUACGCGACGACGUUGCUGCUACGUUGCAGCGACACAAAAACGUGGUUUAUGGCCAAAAAGAGAUCAAGCAGGGCGAGAUUGCCACGAUCUAUGAGUGGACUGGGCUCUAA